AUGGCAGCAGGAUCCCUGAGCAGUUGGGGAUCGGCAGCAACCAACAUUGGCGCUCCAGGGCCAUACCCUGCAGUGGUAGAGGGAAGCAGCCAUGGUGGGCCGCGUGCCGGGGGGGAUGCCAUGAACAACUGCACGGAUCAGCAGUACUGGGACACGCUCGUCUGCCAGUGCAUCCCCUGCAGCCUCGUGUGCGGGCCCCGCCUGAGGAGGUGUGCGGCUCUGUGCGAGUCCAUGGACUGCAACAGGAAACCCGGCUUCUACUACGACAAGCUCCUGAACUGCAUCAACUGCAGCACGGUCUGCGGGCAGCACCCCAAGCAGUGCGUCCCGUCCUGCGAAGCGGGUGUCCUGGGGGCCACCCCGGUCCCGGCCUCGGCGCCUGUGCUGGAGCAGAAGACGUACGCGGAGCAGGAGCCGUGGCUAGUGGUGUACCUGCUGAUGGGGCUCUGCCUCUGCGCCCUCCUCUGCUCCCUGCUCCUGGGCUGGACCCACCUGCGGAGGAAGGGAGAGGGGGUCUCCUGCCAAGACAGCGCUGGGACCUGCCACCGCAGGGAGGACUCCUCCAAAGAUCAUCUGGUGGAAGCAGGCAGUGUUGGUGAUGGAUCCACCGGCUGCAGGGUCCCAGAGCCGGUGGAAACCUGUGGCUUCUGCUUCCCUGGACAAGGCUCUGCUGUACAAGAGACCAAAUCGUGCCACAGCACCUCCUGUCACACUGGGGAAAGAGCUGCUCCCUCUCACAGCGGGAUCUGCAGCACGGGAAGCGCUGGGGCCAUUCCCAGCCCUGACGAUGGCCACUUCAAAAUCAUAUGUUCUCCUUCACAAGAGAAGACGCCCAUGGUGUGA